UGGCAGCCAGAGGGGUUGGUGUCCCAAUGCGUGACAACCUUUGCUGUUAAGCAGUUCCCCAGAUCCAACCUCAACCUCCUCUGGUGCAACUUGAGGCCGUUUCCUCUGCUCCUGGCGCUUGUUCCUGGGGAGCAGAGCCCGACCCCCCUGGCUCCAAGCUCCUUUCAGGCAGUUCAGAGAUCAGAAGGUCUCCCCUCAGCUCCUGUUCUCCAGCUGAACCCCCAGGUCCCUCAUCCGCUCCCAUCACACUUGUGCUCCAGCCCCUCACCAGCUCCUUUCUCUUCUCUCCACUCGCUCCAGCACCUCAAGGAAUUUCUUGGCAUGAGGGGCCCAAAACUGCCCCAAGUAUUUGAGGUUUGGCUUCCCCAGUACCCAGUCCAUGGGUCAGUCACUGCCCUGGUCCUGUUGUCCAUGGGGCUGUGUGGUUCUGCAGGGGCUGGAUGGGACAAAUCCCCAACAUUCGGUGUCAGGAUGAGGCUUCCCGGGCUCAGGCCAGGUUGGGGUCACUCCGGGGAGGGUUUGUUGCCAGCAGCAGGCAGACAGGAGUGUGUCGGGGCUGUGAUGCCAGGUACUGGGCAGGUCCCUUUGCAAACCCCACAGCGUCUGGUGGGAAAACAGAGAUUGGAGAGGGGUUUGGGCCGUACCCAGUUCUUUGGUGUUUGAUAAGCAUUCGCCAUGUCCAAUGACCGGACUGAAAUUCCUGAUCAUCUGGAGGAUGAGCAGUUCCCAUCCACCCUCAUGGGGAAGAGGCAACAUCCCAGCUGGGGGGCACCAGCAGCUCCAGACCGUGGCAGCUCCGCAGAGGCCGUCUCGGGGCUUUUUUCAGUGCACCCUGGAGUUCGUGGUGGUUGUUUUUAUUAGGGUGUCCAAAGCCCGUUUUAAGUUGUCUGAGAGCACCCCCUCCUGGGCAUGGCAGAAAAGCACCGAGGAGAAAACUGAAGGAAGAGCUGCUGCUGGGUGUUCUGGGCCAUCUUGCCUAAAUCAGCGUCUUGAAGGUGGCUCUGCAUCCUGCCAGGUGCCUGACAGGCGGUACGGAGACACCCAGAAGGAAAGGACACUGUUUUCCCACUCUGAAAUCAGGCAGAGCAAACACGGGAGAAGAUGGACGAGCUCGGGGACCUUUCCAGCUAUGUGAGUUUAUUUUGACAGUGUGGGACUUCUCCAGCCGAAGUGAAAUUCCAUAGUUCUCUCCAGGCUUAGCAGCUGCUCUGCACUGAAGUAGACACACACUUAGACAGCAGCCUUGACAAAGCCCAUGCAGAAGGUUUCAGUGUUUUAAGCCAAGAGGCGUGUGGGCUUUCCAAAGAGGUUUGAAACUCCCCCGGGGGCAGCCGAGCCCCGGGCCCGCUGGGGACUCCAUUUCCCAGCACCGGCGAGAGAAGGGCCGGGCCGGGCCGGGCCGGGAAGGGCCGGGCGGGGCCGCUGCGGGCGGGGCCGGGGCUGCCGUGAGCCCGGGGCCCGGGACGAGGCGGCCAUGGCCACCAGCCCCGCGCGCGCUGGGGGCCUUGGGCGCGAGGGCGCCCCGUGUCGCGGCCACGGGACGCGGAGCGGCGGCGGUUGGUGCGGCCGGUGCGGUCGGUGCCGUUUGUGCGGUUGGUGCGGUCGCUGCGGUUGGUGCCGCGGCGGCUGCUCCGUCCUGCAGCAUCGCGGGAGGUGCUGUUCAUCCCGGCGACUUGUGCGUUUGGAGACUUCGGUUGACGCCUUGAGCUGCUGGAGAGUGUGCAGAGAAGAGCAAGAGAGCUGGUCGGCGUGUGGACGCGACCAAGGAUCUUCGGUCCCCCCCUGGUGGUUGACAUCGGAGGAAUCUGCGGAGAGACCGUCUUGAGCAAGGGAAAGCCCGGCUCUUGCGAUGGCUACGCAAGCCAAGAGAGGUUUAAGUGGCUCUAUGGAUGACACCCUUGAGGACCUUUGGAGAUAUGAUGUUGAACCCCGUUGUACAGCCGGUGGGAGAGCCUUGAAGACCAGCAUGCGGGUCACCAAGGAGUUGCCUGCGGAGGUUUGCAAUGUCCCUGGAGAGGACAAGGCAGCUGCAGGGGUGAGCCCUGAUGUGGGGAGAGAACCUGGAUGUCCUGAGGGCUGGGGCUGAGGUGUCUGGCAUCACUGGCAGGGGCAAAAAGCCGGGAGAGGGGAGUGGGUGGCUGGUGGGAGACGGGCUUCCAGGUACCGAGGAUGGAGCAGAGCCCGGCAGCACCCGCUGCUGCAGCCCGGCCUUCCUGGGUGCGCUUCGGCUCCAGCGUCGUAGGAAGAGCCCUCAGCCAAAGCAAUGGCCAUGGGUGUUCCUGACGCUUCUCCCAGAGGCAGCAGCAGGAUCUCAGCACAGGACUCAGGGCUCAGAGCGUUUCAAGUACCAAAAUCCCCCCCGUCUCAGCCCCCGUGCACUGCAGCCGCGGCCCCAGCACCAGCCUCCCAAGGGAGAAGCAGUGCUGAGGCAUCCGCAGCGCUCGCCCUGUGCCCGUCCUCAUCCUCUUGCUUUCCAGGACAAGGACGACUGGGACUGGGAUUUCCUGGGGACAUCGAAACCCAGUUCUGGCCCACAGAAGAUGCCCGUGAAACGUGGCACUGAGCGCAGCUCUGAGACAACAGCAGAACAGAGCAGCAGGAAAGAGCUGCCCCCACGCCAGACGCCCCUGCGCACCGUGGCCCCGGUCCAGAGGAGGAAGACGUCGAUGUUCGAAGAUGCUGAAGACGACGACCUGUUGGAUGUGCUGAGACGUGGCAAAGGCCAAAAAAAAGAAGAGGAGCUCCGGCCAGCGCGCUCCACGCUGGACGACUUGUUCGGACGAGGCUCCGCGGCCAAAGUCCUGGAAAAGCCAGAGGAGGAAGAGCGCGGGGACAAGAAGGAGCUUGUCUUCGGGGAGUACAAGCCCUCGAUGGGCUCCAGGCCCGCGGUCCAGCCGGCGAUGGGGCAGUUGGUGAGGUUUUCUGCCAACAGCAGCAGCGAAACAAACCCAGAGCCCCGCUCCACACCUCGUCCUCCCCGCAGACGGAACCCCGUGCGGAGGAGAAGGGCCGGAGACGACUGGCUGGGCUGGGAGGAUGAGGAUUUCAUGGACCCCGCCAGCCAGCUCGGGGCUGCAGAGGAGGCAGCACCUAAACCCGACCCAAUGGACUGGCUGAUCGAUGCCUUGGCUCGCAGGAGAGCCGAAGAACAGGCCAAGGCACAGGAGACAAAGGCCGAGCCCACGGAGACCCAGGAGAAGAAAGCCAAGCCCUCAGAGACUGAGGAGAAAAAGGCCGAGCCCUCGGAGGCCCAAGAGAAAAAGAACGAACCCUCGGAGGCCCAAGACACAAUGGCCGAGCCCUCAGAGACCGCGGGCGAAGGGCCGGGUCCCCGCUCUCCUGGCAGCCAGCUGGCCGCCUCCCCAGCAGCAUCGGACUGUCGGGCAGAGCUGCUGAGCGCCCAGGCCCGUGUGGCAGAGCUGGAGAGCCAGGUCCGGAUGCUGGAGGAGGAGCGGGCGCAGCAGAAAGUGUUAUUGGAGAGUGCCCAGCGGCAGCACCAGGAGCACCUGGAUGUCCAGGAGAGCAGCCACAGGACCUCAGUGAACGUAAUGAAGGACAACUAUGAGCAGCAGGUGGAGAUGCUGCGGCGGCAGAACGAGCAGCUGGUGGCUCAGCUGCGGCAGGAGCGGCAGGACACGGCGCGGGAUCGGGCAGAGCUGCUGGCACAGCACCGGCUGGAGCUGCAGCAGCUGCGGGAGCAGCACCGGCUGGAGCUGCAGCAGCUGCGGGAGCUGCAGAGGGAGAAUGUCGAGGAACUGCGCAAGAAACACGAGGAGCAGCUCCAGCACAUCAAGUGGCUGAAAGAGAGAGAGAUGGAUGUGCUGACCGGCACCAUUUCACACAUGAGGUCUCUGGACAGCAUCAUUGAGAGGAUGGAGAAGUUCUCCAGUGACCUGCAGAACGUGUGCAGGAGGAGCAUGGAGGAGGAGCAGAGCCGUGUCCAGGAGCUGGUGGCCAACACGCAGGCCAGGCUGGGCGAGCAGACUUGGCUGCUGGAGCAGGAGCGGGCAGAGCUGAAGAUCCAGCGCCAGGAGCUGAAAGCCAAGGAGGAGCAGCUGGCGAGAGACAGGCAGAGGCUGGACGAGGCCUGGCAGGAAAUGCGGCUGGAGAAGGAGAAGGUGAUCGGGGCCGUGCAACCUGUCCAGAAGCAGCAGGAGAUGAUUAGAAGCACAAAGGAGCUCUUGGCCCAGAAGCAUGCAGAGGGGGAGCGAGCCCUGGGGGAGGCACGCAGGAUGCAGUCCGAGUUCUGGGACAAGCUGCAGGUCCUGCAGCAGCAGGAGGAGCAGCUGAAGCAGCGGGAGGAGCAGCUGAGGCAGGAGAAGGAGCAGCUGAGGCAGGAGAAGGAGCAGCUGAGGCAGGAGAAGGAGCAGCUGAAGCAGUUGCAGGAGCAGAUGAAUCAGCAACAGGAGCAGAUGAAGCAACAGCUGGAGCAGAUGAAGCAGCAGCCAGAGCAGCUGAAGCAGCAGCUGCAGCAGCUGAAGCAGGAUCAGGAGCAGCUGAAGCAGGAAAAGGCCUCCGUAUCUUCCAUGUUCAGUGCCCAGAUGCAGCUGCUGAAGUUCCAGGCCCAGCAGGGGAACAAAGAGUUAGAGACGCAGAGAAUCUUCUUGGAGAACCUGAAGAAAUUACGAUACAACAUUUCACGGCUGUCAACAACCCCUCCAUCCUCCUCCCGUUCUGUGGACGAUACCAUUGAGUAUACACAUGCUUUAACAGGGGCCCUGAGGAAAGCAUCUCCACCUGUGCAAGUAGUCAAUCUGUCCUCCAUUCUCCGGCCUCCCAUUACUUUCAAGACCCUUUAAUCAGGCUCUGCCCCAGUGUCCAUUCUGUCAGCUCUGCUUCUGACAUGACUUGUAAUAACAUCGGAUGUGAGACUGUGGGUACGCGUUAGAGGCCUCAAGGACUGCAGGAGUUCGCUUGGACACUUCACCUCUGCCCGCGUCCCGACCGUCCUCCCUUCUCUGGAUGAAGAGAAGCCGCUAAAUUAAUGUGGACUCUGGUAAAGUUACAAAGACGUACCCAUCAUUAACCCAUGACGUGCUAAAUGCUUUCUAACCAGCUGCAAAACGAGAGGAUAUUUUUCAAGUUUUAAAUCCUUCUGCCUGACAAAGAGAUCAGAAUAUUAAGGAACACGUUGUUUAGAAGCAGAGCUUAGCUUAUAUUUGACUAGUAAUUAAUAGUAAGAAACUCAUCCGUUAUAACUCACUUCAUACUAACCUUAUGUUAGCUCACAGGAAAGAGAUUGGGGAACCACCUGGUGAUAAUGUGAAUAGAGAAACCUUGCUGACAUAAUCAGUCACCAUUGUAUAAAUUAAAUGAUGAGGAAAAGUGGCCUCUGAAUGAAACUCUGAAUGAUGCCUCGUUAACAUUCUUCUUGAAGAGAGAAGGCAAGUGCAGUCAAGUGAUGGAAGCUGAUAUGUUUUCCACUUUGCAAAAACAGAGUGGCAGGCAGAAUGUGGUAUUAACUUGCCACCCCAGGAUCCAGCUGUGUUCACGUUAAAAAGGGAGCAGAAUAAAGCUCAGGAGAAGCUGAAACCAUGUUGUUCAGCAUGUAGAAUAAGACAGAAAACUCCCCUGAUGAGAGGGGAGGGUGAGAUAGAAGACUGCGUGUCCCCACAGGGCGUGGAAUUGAAGAUGAUGUGCCUUCAGCUUCCGAGCUGGUGAAACUGUGCAGAAAGAAGAGGAAAACAUGGAAAAGAAUCUGAGAUUUUAGUUGAGACUGGAACAUUUGAUUUGGUUUUGAAUCAGGAAUUGAUACCAUUAGAUGAAGAUUUUGUACCUGUUAUGGGAGCUACUGGCCAAGGAGACAAAGCUUUCUUCAUCAGCCAAUCCAACAGAAACUGGAAAACAAAAUGCAAUUCCUAAGUUCUUAUCUAUGUCCAGAUCUCCAAAACCGUUACGGAGACGAGCCUUAGGAAAACAAUUGCAAGCAAUAAUAACAUUCAAACAAGGUGAAGUGACAAAAUGGAAUUCCUAAGUUCUUAUCUACGUUUGGGUCUCCAAAACCGUUACGGAGACAAGACUUAGGAAAACAGUUGCAAGCAAUAAUAACAUUCAAACAAGGUGAAGUGACAAAAUGCAAUUCCUAAGUUCUUACCUAUGCCUGAGUCUCCAAAACCGUUACGGAGACAAGACUUAGGAAAACAAUUGCAAGCUAUAAUAACAUUCAAACAAGGUGAAGUGACAUUCAAGAUAGAAGAACAGCCACAGAAACCAAAGAAGACCAUGUGCAAUGCACUGCAAGUUUGCUAAAUUGGGUGAGAUGCAGUGGGUAUCGAGCUUCCCAACAGAAAGCCCAGCUGAUCCAGUGCCAAGUGACUUAUCUGGGAUUCGAGAUCUCCGGAGAGCACCAGAGCUGGGGAUGGAGCGACAAGAAGCUGUUUGCCGGACACCAGAACCUGCAGCGGUAAAAGAGCUCCGGGCGUUUCUUAGAAUGACACCUUGGUGCAGACUUUGAGUUUAUAAUGAUGGACUUUGAGUAAAGCCUUUCUAUGAACCGUGAAACAAAAGGACUUCCAAGUUGAAUUGGACAAGAGAAGCAUCUGAGGGCAUUUGCACAACUCAACAAAGAGCCUGGGUCUCCCAGAUAUCACCAAGCCAUUGGAGUUAUGCUCACACGAAAGGCAAAGCAUUGCUCUGCGUGUUCUGGCACAGCAACUAAGAGCUCAGAACCGAGCGGCUGCUGCUUCCCUAAGCAAUCAGAUGAAGUGAGCCAAGGCUGGCCUGGAUGUCGUGGAGCUGUGGCAGCUCUUGGACUCGCUGUACAGGAAGCUCCUGAGUUCACCAUGGGACAGAAAGUGUCCCAUACAGUCCCAGCCGUACUGGAACAAAAAGGUACCCAUGGGUUAUCUGCCUCAAGAUUCCUGAAUACCGGGCAGUACUGGUGGACCUAGACGAUGUGAAUAUUGUCGCUACCAACAUUGUCACUGCAGCCCCUUUCCUCAGUGGGUCUGUUUCAGAGCCUGUGGUCCAGGAUUGCUUGGAAACAGUGGGAGCUGUUUCCUCCAGCAGACGGGAUUUAAAGGAACAGCCGCUGGAAGACGCUGAAGACUCCUGGUUCUCCGCUGGAAGCAGCUUUGUAAAGCAAGGAGUACAUAGAGCUGGGGAUGCCCUAACAACUACCCACGAGGUAAUCGAAGCCAAACCUUUGCCUCCUGGGACUUCUGCCCGGACAGCUGCGCACACACGAGCUUUAGAAUUAUCCAAAGAGAAGAAGAUUAAUAUUUGGACAGAUUCCAAGUGUGCUUUGGGAGUGGUGCGUGCCCAUGGAGCAUUUGAAAAGGACCAAGUUUAUUAACAGCACAAGAACAGAUUAAAUGAGAUACUCCAGUUGGCGGAAGCUGUGCUGUUACUAGAAAAGUUGCCAUCAUGCAUUUCAAGGAGCAUCAAGAAGGAGACACUGAUCAGGAAACUGGAAAUAAACUGGCAGCUGAUACUGCGAGACGAGCUGCUGGAAAGACAGAGAGAGCAAUGAGAGUGAUGUCUCUGAGCCCGGAUGGCUGCCUCCUCGAACCAGCAUCAGUAAACCCUACCUUGCAGUGCAUUAACAGAGACCUUCUCAGGUUGGCCAGAAGCAUUCCCCUGCCCAACUAGUAACGCUAGAACAGUAACUAAAGCUUUGUUAAAUGAGACCGUACCCCGACUUGGGGUACCCGCUGUGAUGUCCUCUGCUAGGGGGCCCCGUUUUGUUGCACAGGUAGUGCCGCAAGUCAGUAAAGCAUUAGAGAUCGAUUCGCAGUUGCAGACUCCCUACAAGCCUUAAGCAAGUGGGCAGGUAGAAAAGAAAAUGAGUCACUUUAUGGAACAGCCCAUAAACAGAAUUUGCCAGGAAGCUAACUGGAAGUAGAAUCCAGCACUACCUUUAGCGCUGCUCAGAAUGAGACGGAAGCCUCGAGCCAAGGAAAACUGAAGUCUUUUCUUUCAAGCCAAUAGAUGAAGUUUCUGUGAAAGCUUUUUCAUGUCAGCCUUGAGAAGAGAAGUGGAAUGGACUGCUCCAGCUGUUGCUGACGGCCUUUACCGCCAUCAAGAUUAAAGAACAACCCGCCUGGAUUCACUGUUCAAGAGUGAAGAAAGCAGCAGAUAAGAAACAGACGUUGGAACCAGUAGGACCUACCGCUUUCCAGUUCUCUCAGCGUUGAUCUCAGUGACUCUGAAAGAUUAUGCUCUUUAAUGCCUAAAGAUCCAGUAGAAGCUGCUGUGGCUUGAACUUACCUGUCCUCUGUCAGAGGACAGCAGAGCGGGGACCCCA